CGUGGACAGAUGCUGACAUGCAAGUAGGGAUGGGGGAUGGGGCUAAUAAUAAGGAUAGAAUGGAUCGGAAGAAACAUAAUCUGUUUGGGCGUGGUGUGAAGCAGUAAAGACUUUGAUUCAAUCUCCACAUUGCCGUCGGUCCUUCAAUGCUGUUUGUGGAAAGAGGCUUUGAGACGUGUCAACCGCUAGUCUUGUCCUCAAUUUACACUUCCGCGUUAAGAGAAUUGCGAUCUUUGCACUGUUUGGGGGCUUGUCGGUAUGUGAUGAGUUUUAUGGACGUUUUUAGCUUGAAUUAUUUUGACUCAAUGUUUUGUUCUCGAGGCUGGGGUCCACAGUAAUCAGGCUGAAACUCACUCUAUUAAAUUUCGAACCUUUAUGUGCCUAGCAGGUUUCGAACUCGAGACCUCUCACUAUUUUGACUCAAUCCAUCAAAUAUAAUCACAUCAGAUCAAAUCAGAUUAGAUCAAUUUCGAUCGUUAUAAAAUAUGCACAGAUCAAACAUUUAUCACACAGAUCAUACCAGACCAGAUCAAAUCAUUUCAGAUUAGAUCAUACCAGCAAAGAUAAGUCCGACUAAAAAUGUUCUAUCCUUGAACUUGUGCUUUUUUUCCUAGAAGAAAUAAAGAAAUCACACAUAUUUACAUUUUAGGUGAGAAUAUGUGUGAAAAAGAAAUCAUAAAUGAGACUUGGAGUAUAGAAAAUAAUGUGCUUUUGUUGUUAUAGACUUUGCCAACUUUGAAUUAGGUGAGAUGUAAAAAUAAUUUAAAAAAAAUGCAUGUACUAUUGAGAUUUCUACCGGAGAGAGAAAUGAGCAAGACUAUGUACAAAUUGCUACUUGGAAAGUGACAAAAAUUUUCUAACAAUUAAGCGAGGCAGAGGGAGUAGUAAAAUACAAAUAAAACAAACGUGUAGGGACACGCGUAAUGAAAAAGUGAAAAUGGAAAUGAAAAAUAAAGAAAAUCAAGAAAUAGGUGAGAGAUUGACAAAAAGCUUCUAAGACACAAAAACAUUGACAAAAGAAAAAAAAUGUGCCGAAUAAGAUGUUGAAUACAAGGAAAAGAGAAAAGGAGAAAAAAAACGUAGUACGGAGUAUAUUUAAAAAAUCAACGAACUUAAAAAACACUGAAUUAAGAUACGGAGUACCACGUUAGUUCUUCGAUAGUUACAAAUUACAAUAGUGUUUAGAGCCUUUCUCGUUUCCUCUUCUUUCUUUUUACCAAUACAAUUAAACACACACAAACAUACAUAAAAGAAGAUAUCACAGCCUGCAUGAGCUUUAUAGCAAUAUACUGUCGUGUUUUAAACCCCAUAAUGUCAAAAUAUGGUAGUAAAACUUCAGAAUGUCAAUAAGUUAUUCUUGUUUAGAGAGAAACCAUACUGUAGUUUAAAUGUUACGCUUUUUGCCACUUAAAACUUUGUGAUCUUUCCUUUUUUUAUUAUUCGAAAAACUUUGCCACUUUGCUUUUUGUCAAUCAAUUUACAGUUCUUAUCAUUUCUCUCAACUAUUCACAAAUCACAAUCACACAACUUUUACAUUAUUAUUUCUCAUUCCGACCAGGCAUGUUUUGAGAGACAUAGGAAGUACAUUGCUUUACUCAUCUUUCAUAUAGGGGUAUCUAAUUGUUUAUUACUCCCUCUGUUUUAUAAAGCUCUUCUAAGUAGUUCUGACUUACACUUUAGGUUGUCCCAAUUUUUUCUCAUUUCCCUUUUUAUAAAGUUUUGUGUGGCUAAUUCAUUUACAUUUUUCUUACUCAACCACGACUAUAGAUUUCUAUUUUAUUUCCACUUUCGUUAACUAUGAUUCAAGUCAAAUUAGGAAGAACUUUGUGGUAUGGAGGGAGUAUUUGGUAUUACCUCUUACCCAUUUGCAUUUUUAACUUUGAAUUGAGUGAGAAAUAAGUAAAUUAAAAAUUGUAUAAUUGAGUUUGUGCAGAGCAGAGAUAAAUGAGCCAAAUCGCAAAUUAAUUACUUUAAUGAGAAUAUGACACAAUUUUGGUAUCACAAAAAGAAGUUGACAGUCCAAUUAGAUCGAGCAAGUAUAUUUUUGUUUUGUACUUGAGUUAUAGUGAAAGUUUGAAACCAUCUUCAUAGUUACUUCUAUUAAAGAGCAAAUCAAUAAUAACAAAUUCUCCCAUAAAAGGUGAUCAAAUUUGACUUACACGUAUAAUAAAAAAGUAAAAAUUGUGCGGUUGAGAUUUAUGCAGAGUACAGAGAAAUAAAUUCAAUCACAUAUUCAUUUACUUUAAAUGAAAUUGAGAAAGAUUAGUCAAGAUAAGAAAAUUGGGCAAAGUUUAAUAGAACGAAAGGAAUAGAAGAUUGCUUAAGUACGUUAUUUUUGUUUCCACUUCAACACACUCGGUAUAUACUAUGGUCUUACUCUAAAUUGAUCACUGUAUCCAAAUUUACCUAUAUUACUAAAACUCAUGUCAAUUUCCAUAAUAUAACCUGAUAAAAUAUAAAGAAAAUAAAUGUCCAAAAAGACCUCAAAAACAUGUGUAGUCCAAAAAUAAAUAAAGAAGAAACACAUCCCUUAUUUUUCAUUCAUUAAAGCUUACACUAUAGCUAAAAUUGGUAAUCAUAUACUAUCUUUAUUAGAAACAUGUUUCAUUUAAUAACUCGCGUCUCUUGUCUGCUUCUCACCAUUUUCAUCUUCAGCCUUUUCCAACUUCUUCAAUCAUGAAUUUUCUUUUUCCUCCGAAUCCUGCAAUAAGGGAGAUACUUUUAUAUAAUGUCAUUACUAUACUGCAAUAAUAUGCUGCACUAGUUAAUGCAGGAUUUAACUUGUGUAUAAAAUACAUGCAUUGAAUGAGUUUUUAUUAUUUUUUUAUGGUUAAGUUGGUAAUAUGUUUGGUGAUUAAGAAGAUCGAGUGUGUAAGUAAUUCGUGCCUUGUUGGUUGUCUAUGUAAUGCAUUAACAUUGACAGUAAGUGCAUUAGAUUGUAGGGAAAAGUGUCAAAUAGGUCCUCGAACUUUCAUAAAAAAGUCAAUUAAGCCCUUCUAUAGGAAACUCUGUCCGGUCUUCGCGAUUUGGGACGGUUCCCGGUGGAAUUUUUUGAUGAAUUUUUUUGAGCAUUUUAUUCAUCAAGUCUAGUUUACUCAUACCAAAUUUCAGCUAAAAAUUUAAUCGCGAGCGCAUUCAAAUUAAUUCGAGAACGCAAAAAUGCGCAGUUAUCUUCAAGAAUUAAUUUGAAUGUGUUCCCGAUUGAAUUUUUAGCUGAAAUUUGGUAUGAGUAAACUAGGCUUGGUGAAUAAGAUGCUCAAAAAAUUUCAUCAAAAAAUUCCACCAGGAACUGCACCAAAUUGCGACGGCUGGACAGAACCUCCUAUAGAAGGACUUAAUUGACCUUUUUAUGAAAGUUCGAGGACCUAUUUGACAGUUUUCCCUAGAUUGUAUGGCAUGAGAUGUCUUCCUAAGGAUAACAAUAACAAACUAGUUCCUGUCAUUACAUUUUAUUAUUUGAUUGGGGAACAUAAGCACUCAUGUGUAGAGUGUAGAGAUGGCUUGCAAUUAAACAUGAUCAUACAUUACUUAUGUAGCAAUGGAAAAGUUUUAAAUGAAAACAUGCAUUGCACUAAAUGAAAAAAUUCAUUACACUAAUUUUGGCGACUUAACAUAAAAAUAUGGAAUUCAUCAUUAAUUGGAGAAAGUGCAUCUUUAUUGGUAUGUGUGGUACUAUCAAUCCUUUUAAACUAAUCUCAUGUAUUACACAUAUAGUUAGCACAUCACGGCCAACAAUCUUCCCCUUUUUGGGUUAACAAAUGAUAUACAUCAAGCUAUCAGAGUAGGAGUUUUUUAGAAUAAAGCACUGUGUUUCCACUUUUAGAAGCAAUUUUAGCAUAGAACAAACAAACCAACUAAUUCAAGUAAUUGCACCCCCUAGUAUAAGCUACUCUCUCAUGAUAUCUACUCGAUCGGUAUAUAUUUUUCUCUUUUGGAGCAGUUAAGGAGUGAUACUAUUAAUCCUUUUUAACUAAUAUCAUGUAUUACACAUAUAGUUAGCACAUCACAGCAACAGUGCAACACAAGCUAAGGGAGCCAAAUUCCCAAGCAUGCAUAUACACAUAAAGUUUGAUAUCAAAACAAUACAUCAAUUUGAAAGGUUACUGGAUUGAGACUUGUGAAACAUGCAUAUUAGUAUAUUCCCAACCAUUUUUGGAUUUUGGAAUACCCAAUGAGUUUAAACAAGUGUUAAAUUUUGGGAGAGACUCAUAGCCUCAUAGGUACAAAAACAUUGAUAAGUUUUGGGCAAUUGAAUCAAGGGUCGAUUCCAACAGUGGAAUCAACGGUUCACCAGUUGAUCGUUGAUCCUUCCGUUUACAACAAAAAAAAAGAUUUAAGGUCAUUUUGUCAUUUUUCCAUUGAAUUGCUUGUCUUGAAAUGAUGACUGAUUUCCAGGUCAAAGCGUGUAAAACAAGAUUGUAAUUUAAUGAUCAUUGUCUCAUAAUUUAAUUUCUAAGAUCCACGUUUUUUAGGAAAUGGCAUGUGGGGAUCCUUAAAUUCGGUUUGUUUUCUUUCUUAUCUUUGCUAACCAACAUGGUUUUUACCCAUCAUGACGAAUUCACGAUGAUUAUACAUUUAUACAUAGCUAUGUACAGCAAUAAUCUAUCUUCAAACAGUUGAAUAUUGGUAUAGAAAUGGAUGGCCAAAUGAAGAACUUAAAACGUGCGCAUACGUAACUUCAAUAAUAACUCGUUCAAAAGUUGCCAAAUGCCAACGUACUAUGGACCCCGGCCUGGAGCUUUCAUCUUCAUUUAUGAACAAGAUCAGAUACCUUCACUGUUUUGGAUGAAUGGAUGAUGUGUACGUUGAGUGAAACACGUGAUGACACCGUUAGUUUGGGACACGACUUGAUGGGUUCUCAUCAAAGUUCAGUUCAUCCGUACUCUCACCCGGUCCGCCCGAUCUGCAUUCAAACAUAGCCAACUCUCUUCUUGAUGACAAAUUAUAAUGUAUAUCUCCGGUUGGACAGUAUUGGGGAUCCAAAUGAUGAGCGAGCUAGCUUGAAUAUGGGGUUUUUUCGAUUUGAAGUUCCGCCCGUCGCCGGUUAUGGAGGUGGGAGCAGGUUCGAAGUUUCUGGCAGAAGGUUAAAGCAACAUUUUUACAUGGAUAGCUUCGUGGACAAGUACAAGAAGAUGACGAUUGGGGCAGAGGAAGAAGAAUUGGAUCUAAAUGAAGCUGAUGUUAAGGUUGUGGCGCAUGAGCGCCGGGCGCGUCCCCCUCCUGAUCCACCGCCUUGGAGUGCAAGCAAAUCUAGGAUUUGGAAGAAGAUGGAUGAACUCUAUUUUAAUUCCAUUUGAUUCAGUUUGUGUUUUUCUGUCGAAUUGCAUUUUGUUUUGGACGUGUUACUUUUUCCUAGUAGAGAUAUUCUUGAAUUUAGGUUAGGUGAUGAGAAGUUUGGUUUGCCAGUCAUUGACUCAGUUAAGCCCAUUACAGGAUCCGUGAAUGUUAUUGCUUCUACAGAGGUGAUGGAUUCUCAGUCUGGUUCGAGAGCGGACGGCGGACAUAAGGCUUUUUAACAUUUUGUUUACUUUUUUUAUUAUAUUAUCAAUCAUGUGACGAAUGCUAUUUUGAUUUAAUAUAUUAAGAAUUAUGUUCUUUCGAUC